AAGCUCUCAAUCAGCCGUUCGUUUUCUUUUCUUCGACCAGCAGUAGCCGCACCCCUUACCUUCUUCCCUCUCAAUCAAAUGAAAACAGUCUCCAAUUUUUCAAUUUUCGACCUGCUCAUCUUGCUGAUGAAUACGUCCAUAUUUUGAGCCGUCAUCCUAAACCUGAUGAGCAAUGAACAAUCCACAUCCCGUGCUCGCCCGAACUAUGCGCCCUUAACCCAAGCCGAACGCAACAAUGAAGAUUCGGAAUGGGUGACACCUCACAUGGUUGCUAACGAUCAAGAUGUGCUCAACCAAAUCAAAAUCAUAAUUGGUGGACACUUUCUUGGCAACUGGGCUACGUACACGGAUGUUGACCCUAAGGUCCGUGAACUUUGGUGGAACUUGUUCAAGGUAAAAAAAUCAUUUUUUCGUCAUUGAUGUAACCUAAAAUUUGACAAAUGAUAAGUUAAUUUAUUUUUUUUAAUAAAGGCCCGGUUUGUUGGAAAAAUGUGUUAAAAAUUGCAUUAAAUGGUCAUUUUGGGGCAAUUAUUUGAGUGGGGUCCACUUCCGAUUUGGGUCGGGUCAAAGUGGUUUCGGAUUGUCCUUGUUAAGGGCUACAAUUCGAUAUGUGGUACACUCAAAACGGAUAACGGGUGAAUGAGAAAUUGAUUCUCGAAGUUCACUCGUUGAAAUGGAAAAACUGGGAAAUAUGAUGAGUUUCGAGUGUGUUUUAUCCCACACCGAAAACCUCAAGGGAUUUUCACCCCCUUAUAAAGGGAAGCCUCUUUUAAGGAGUUAAGAUUCCUAAAGGGAAAGGCUCUCUCUUACGCGCAGGGGGGUGGGUGGGUGCCGAUCAAAUCCCGAAACGAAGAAGACCGCGACUCGUGUGCGCGGGCGACCUGCGGACACGAAUGCUGCCGUCCAAAAAUCUAUCUCUCAAGAGAUACGGUUAAUUUUUGUUUUCUUCCCGAAACGUUUAUUUUUUUCCCAGAAGGUCUCGGACAGAAACCCUCCAAGGGGGUUCUGCUGGCUUCGGACAGAAACCCUCCAAGGGGUGUUCUGUUGGGGUCUUCUGUCGCGCACUUCUUCCGUUACAACAAUUAAUGCCCAACGUUCUUCUCUUUUAAUGCUGCGUUAAAUGGACAGUUUAUGGACGAUUCAAUGCCCAACGGACUGGUCAUUGAUGUCCAACGUUCAGGUCCAUUAACACCCCAUUUAACACACAACAAAUCCUCCUAUAAAUAGCUGGCAGGUGCUUUGCAACAAACACACGAUUUGACAACGCACAACACUUUCCUCACGUUUUCUUGAGCUACAAACUCUUCCAGCUACUCCCAAAAUUGCUUCUGUGUUCAUACUUGGUUCUCGUUCGCUGGAACUCUUGUUUGUGUGCUCAAACAUUAGUUCGUAGUCAUCGUAUCCUGGGAAACGAUUGUUGCAACGCUCCUAGCACCGUGGGAGGCAACAAAUACGUUUUAAGGAAAUCGUGCGUAGCACGAGCUUUGGCUAAUUCUGCUUCAUCUCCUUUCUUGUUUUUCUCUAGUCAUUUUAUUUAAUUAAUUUAUUUUAAUUAAUUUUCUUUAUUUUCCGAAACACACCCAACAAUCUUAAAACGUAUUUGUUGAGCUUGUAUCAUACGGAUACAAUCUUAAAACGUAUUUGCCUUGGUUGUUGUACUGCGGUAAACAAUCUAAAAAUGUAGUUUGUCACUUUGGUGAACGAACUUAAUUUUUGUGUUUUCGGAAAAACGUUAAAGAACGAAAAUGACUUCUCAAGAAAACGAGAUUGGUGUUGGGCAGAAUGUUCUGAACGACAAUCACUCUGAAAGCGGAGCACCGGUGAACAAUAGUUCACAACGCGGUGCAUCUGCUUUGGCCAACCAAAGGGCUAUCCCUAUGGUGACCGUGCCAAGCAACUCUGUGGAGAAACCCGAGAAAUUCAAUGGGUUAAACUUCAAGAGGUGGCAGCAAAAGAUGCUAUUUUACCUCACUACUCUCGGUCUUGCUAGAUUCUUGACCGAAGAUGCGCCGGUAGUAACCGGGGGUGUGGUGGAUGCGCAAUCUUUCAACGUGGUUGAAGCUUGGAAGCAUUCUGACUUCCUUUGCCGAAACUACGUGUUGAACGGGCUGCAUGAUGCUUUGUACGACGUUUAUAGCAAAUUAGCUACGGCUAAGGAGCUAUGGAAUGCUUUGGACCACAAAUAUAAGAGCGAGGAUGCCGGCGCAAAGAAAUUUGUUGUUGGUCGAUUCCUUGACUUUAAAAUGGUGGAUUCAAAGACGGUCUUGGGUCAAGUUGAGGAGAUGCAAAUGAUCUUCAACGAAAUUCGAGAUGAAGGAAUGACGGUUAGUGAGUCAUUCCAAGCGGCGUCAAUUAUUCACUUAUUGCCGCCGGCUUGGAAGGAUUUCAAGAACUACCUUACACAUAAGCGAAAGGAAAUGAACUUGGAGCAAUUGAUCAUCCGUUUGCGGAUUGAAGAGGAUAACCGGAAGAACGAUGAGAAACUCCCAAUUGUUCAUGGCGCCAAGGCCAACGUGGUGGAGCAUGCUAAAGGCUCCAAAAAUAAAAAUAAUGGGAAGAGCAAGCUCGGUCCCAAGAGAGGCGUUUCCAAGACAAAGUUCAACGGAAAAUGCUUCAAUUCAACAAGAAUGGACACAAGUCCUCGGAUUGCAAGGCACCAAGGAAGAAGAAAGAUUCUCACGUGAAGUUGGUGCAAGGUGGGCAAAAGGAUGAAGACAUCAUCCUUGCGGCUGUGGUGACCGAGGUCAACCUCGUUGGAUCCAAUUCCAAGGAGUGGUUCGUGGACACCGGUGCUACCCGGCAUAUUUGCUCAAACCGGGAGCUAUUCACGACCUUUGAGCCAUCAAAUGGUGAAAAGGUGUGGAUGGGAAAUUCUGCUCAUUCCGCGGUGGAAGGCGUGGGCAAAGUGGUCCUGAAGAUGAAUUCGGGCAAGGAGCUGACUCUAAACCAAGUCUUGUUUGUUCCGGAAAUACGCAAAAACCUGAUUUCCGGUUCGUUGUUGAACAAACAUGGCUUCCGCAUGGUCUUUGAGUCGGACAAAUUAGUUUUGUCUAAAUCGGGAAUGUAUGUGAGAAAGGGGUAUACAUGUGAUGGGCUGUUUAAGCUCAAUGUAAUGACUAUUAUUAAUAAUAAUAAUAAAAUCCCUUCUGCUUACUUGCUUGAGUCUUCCAAUGUGUGGCAUGGUAGACUAGGACAUGUUAAUUUUAAUUCUAUACGUAGAUUAAUUAACAUGGAGCACAUUCCUAAAUUCACAAUCGAUGUGAAUCACAAAUGUGAAGUUUGUGUAGAGACAAAACUAACGAAAACGUCUUUCAAAUCGGUUGAAAGAAAAACGGAACCACUUGAAUUAAUUCAUAGUGACGUUUGUGAUUUUAAAUCAAUACAAACACGUGGCGGUAAUAAAUAUUUUAUUACCUUUAUCGAUGAUAGCACUCGCUAUAGCUACGUUUAUUUAUUAAAAAAUAAACACGAAGCAAUCGAUAAAUUCAUUCUUUAUAAGAAUGAAGUGGAAAACCAACUUAAUCGACGGAUUAAGACGGUUAGGAGUGAUCGAGGUGGUGAGUAUGAAGCACCAAUUGGUGACUUUUGCGCUAGUGUGAGUAUAGUACACGAACGUACCGCACCCUAUUCACCUCAAUCAAACGGUGUUGCCGAACGAAAGAAUCGCACAUUGAAAGAUAUGAUGAACGCGAUGCUAGUAAGUUCGGGCUUGCCACAAAAUAUGUGGGGCGAAGCAAUCUUGACAAGCAAUUACCUUUUAAAUAAGGUUCCCCGGAAAAAAUAUGAUAAAACUCCGUACGAGUUGUGGAAAGGCAGACGCCCUUCCUAUCAAUAUUUAAAAGUGUGGGGGUGUCUUGCUAAGGUGCUUGUACCAACACCUAAGAAAAUAAAAAUAGGUCCAAAAACGGUGGAUUGUAUUUUUAUUGGAUUUGCACAAAAUAGUAGUGCUUAUCGGUUUUUAGUGUACGAUUCGAAUAAUCCGGAUGUACAUAAAAACACAAUAAUUGAAUCAAGGAAUGCUUCAUUCUUUGAAGAUGUAUUUCCAUGCAAGUCCAACGAAGGGCCUAGCACAUAAAAACGAACAUUUGACGUAGCUAUGGAAAAUACUAGCGAGGGAUCCGAAGAAGAACCCGAACCCAGACGUAGCAAACGUGCUAGAAUUGAAAAAUCCUUCAGACCGGAUUUUCUCACCUACCUGGUAGAAUUUGAACCGGAUAUUCUAACAUGUAUGGUAGAAAAUGAACCGGAUUUUCUAACAUGUUUGGUAGAAAAUGAGCCACGGACUUAUACGGAAGCCGUGACGUCUACUGAAGGUCCUAUGUGGAAAGAAGCCAUCAAAAGUGAGGUGGACUCUAUCCUAAAAAAUCACACGUGGGAAUUGGUUGAUCUCCCUCCGGGAUGUAAACCUUUGGGAUCCAAGUGGAUUUUUAAACGUAAAAUGAAACCAGACGGUUCCAUUGAUAAGUAUAAGGCCAGACUUGUAAUCAAGGGAUACAAGGAACGUGAGGGCCAUGACUACUUUGACACGUAUUCUCCCGUGACAAGAAUAAAUUCCAUUAGGAUGAUACUAGCGAUUGCCGCUUUGCGGAAUUUGGAGGUUCAUCAAAUGGACGUAAAAACCGCUUUUCUAAAUGGCGAUAUAGACGAAGAAAUCUAUAUGGAACAACCCGAGGGUUUUCGUGUUCCAAGCCAAGAAAAGAAGGUUUGUAAAUUAAUUAAAUCAUUGUAUGGAUUGAAACAAGCCCCUAAACAGUGGCACGAAAAGUUCGAUCAUGCAAUGUUAAUUAAUGGGUUUAAGAUUAACGAAAGUGACAAAUGCGUCUAUGUGAAAAGCACGGUAGACGGGUAUGUCAUUUUAUGUUUAUACGUGGAUGAUAUACUCAUCGUGGGUAGCAAUAAUCUAAUGAUUAAUUCUACCAAAAGCAUGUUAAAUUCUAAAUUUGACAUGAAGGAUAUGGGGCUGGCCGAUUUAAUCCUUGGGAUUAAAAUAAUUAGAGGACCUGACGGUCUAACGCUAAGCCAAUCCCAUUACGUUGAUAAAAUCCUUACUAAAUUUAAUAAGGAUGAUUAUCAAGAGGCAAGGACGCCAUUAGAUAAAAACACUCAUCUUACCAAAAAUCGUGGAGAGUGUAUUUCUCAAGUAGAAUACGCUAGGAUUAUUGGAAGUUUGAUGUAUCUAAUGAGUUGUACCAGGCCUGAUAUUGCCUUUGUGGUUAGUAAGCUAAGUAGAUAUACUAGCAACCCCGGUGAUGAACACUGGAAGGCAAUAAUACGGGUUUUGAGGUAUUUACGUAAAACCCAAAACCUUGGACUGCACUAUGGAAGAUAUCCAGCUGUACUUGAAGGGUAUAGCGACGCUAGUUGGAUAUCCGACAUAAAGGACUCUAAGUCCACAAGUGGAUAUGUUUUCACUUUGGGAGGUGCAGCCGUGUCGUGGAAAUCCUCGAAACAAAUGUUAAUAGCUAGAUCCACGAUGGAAUCUGAGCUAAUAGCCUUGGAUAAGUGCACUGAAGAGGCUGAAUGGCUACGCCAUUUUCUCGAGGAUAUUCCAAGUUGGGAGAAGCCUGUCCCUCCAAUAUGCAUACAUUGCGAUUGUCAAGCGGCAAUUGGAAGGGUUCAGAGCAAUCUCUACAAUGGUAAGUCUAGACACGUUCGUCGUAGACAUAACACCAUUAAACAACUCCUCACAACGGGUGUUAUCACUGUUGACUACGUGAAGUCAAAGGAUAACAUAGCGGAUCCGCUAACCAAGGCAUUGGAUAGAGAAUUGUUGGAGAAGUUGUCACGAGGAAUGGGACAAAAGCCCGUGAAUUGAAAAGUUCUAUAGUGGAUACCCAACCUAGUUAGUCCUAGGUUCAAAAGGGACAACUAAAUUAUAGAGCGAAGGAUGGUCAUUGUGGGGGUCCCGGACUCCUACCCACUCCUCGUUAAAACAGUGACUCCCGCACGAGGUUAGCAAAAACCGUUUGCUUUAAUGAUUCUAAAAUGUUGAUCUACUCGAUAACAUUGGAAGAGUAUGCGGGAUACUCGUGAAAGAAUCACCUAUGUGAGAGAGAAGAGGGCCGCUUCAAAGGAGAACUGUAAAGGCUCAGUUCUUUAGAAACUCUUGCAGAACCAGGACGGUGACCCAUGGCCAAAACGGGCACACCCAUGAGAACGGAACAAAGUUGGAAGGUUCUUGUGUAAAGAUAAGUCAAUGUCUACACGACGGCAGUAUAGUUCAAGAACAUCGAGUCUACUAGACAGCCAGUAAAUAAACGUGUCUUUACAACGGAAGGUUCAAAGAAUAAAACCUACCUCUCCGUAUGCAAGGAUCAUCCGGUGAACACAACGUGUCCUCCUAUCUUCGUGUCUUUUUAAGUCUCGAAAAUCAUUUUUCAUUCAUGUGGGGGAUUGUUGGAAAAAUGUGUUAAAAAUUGCAUUAAAUGGUCAUUUUGGGGCAAUUAUUUGAGUGGGGUCCACUUCCGAUUUGGGUCGGGUCAAAGUGGUUUCGGAUUGUCCUUGUUAAGGGCUACAAUUCGAUAUGUGGUACACUCAAAACGGAUAACGGGUGAAUGAGAAAUUGAUUCUCGAAGUUCACUCGUUGAAAUGGAAAAACUGGGAAAAAUGAUGAGUUUCUAGUGUGUUUUAUCCCACACCGAAAACCUCAAGGGAUUUUCACCCCCUUAUAAAGGGAAGCCUCUUUUAAGGAGUUAAGAUUCCUAAAGGGAAAGGCUCUCUCUUACGCGCAGGGGGGGGGGGUGCCGAUCAAAUCCCGAAACCGAGAAGAAAAACCGCGACUCGUGUGCGCGGGCGACCUGCGGACACGAAUGCCCUCCAAGGGGGUUUUGUUGGCUUCGGAUAGAAACCCUCCAAGGGGGUUCUGUUGGCAUCGGACAGAAACCCUCCAAGGGGGUUCUGUUGGCUUCGGACAGAAACCCUCCAAGGGGUGUUCUGUUGGGGUCUUCUGUCGCGCACUUCUUCCGUUACAACAAUUAAUGCCCAGCGUUCUUCUCUUUUAAUGCUGCGUUAAAUGGACAGUUUAUGGACGAUUCAAUGCCCAACGGACUGGUCAUUGAUGUCCAACGUUCAGGUCCAUUAACACCCCAUUUAACACACAACAAAUCCUCCUAUAAAUAGCUGGCAGGUGCUUUGCAACAAACACACGGUUUGACAACGCACAACACUUUCCUCACGUUUUCUUGAGCUAAAAACUCUUCCAGCUACUCCCAAAAUUGCUUCUGUGUUCAUACUUGGUUCUCGUUCGCUGGAACUCUUGUUUGUGUGCUCAAACAUUAGUUCGUAGUCAUCGUAUCCUGGGAAACGAUUGUUGCAACGCUCCUAGCACCGUGAGAGGCAACAAAUACGUUUUAAGGAAAUCGUGCGUAGCACGAGCUUUGGCUAAUUCUGCUUCAUCUCCUUUCUUGUUUUUCUCUAGUCAUUUUAUUUAAUUAAUUUAUUUUAAUUAAUUUUCUUUAUUUUCCGAAACACACCCAACACGGUUUCGCUGGACUGAAGAACAAGGCCCCGCUAUUCUAAGGGCGUACAAUGCCAGAGUUUCAAACUGGCUUCGUCCCACUUUUAAGCGUGCCCGAGCCAGUGGGGUAAGGCCUCAAUGGUGUUCGGAUGAGGUAUGGGAAAACCUCGUCCGCCACUGGUCUUCGGAUCCGACUUUCUUGGCUAGAAGCGAAGCCGGGAAGAAAAAUCGGAUGUCCGAGAAGGCAUUGACGACACAAUGGCACGGAGGCCGCAAACCCCAGAGUAAACAUAAAGAAGCUCUUGCGGGGCCUCAAAAGAAGAGGGUCCCUAUCCUCAAUGUAAUCAAACACUGUUGGACGAAGAACGGUGUUGAGUCGCCAACCAAUCUACCACCCUGCCUUGCUGAAAUCGAAACAAAAUAUAACGCAAAUGUUGAAAAGAAGCGGACGGAACUAGGCUUGACUCAAGAAGAUGACAUCGAUUCUGAUGUGGAAGAUGAUGCCAUCCUUGAGGCAGCAGGGGUGUACAAGGGUCGGCUUCCAUGCCUCGGGGCUGAGAGGCAACGUAUUUUGUACGAUCGCAGCGGCAGCGGAGCUUCAUCAUCUUCUCGAUCUAGGCGAGGAGAGGAUCCACGCAUUGCCCAAUUGCAGCGAGAAUUGGAGGAGGAGCAGCGUGCAUUUGAACAGCAACGGAAGAAUGAUGAAGAAACGAGGGCCCGGCGGGAAGCAAUGGAACGGAUCCUUACUGGAUAUCAGCCUCCGCCUCAGCCUCAUCCUCGGCCGUACAUUAUGCACGUUGAGCGUACUCCUCAGGUUCCGCACAUGGGUAGUAUGGGUUACCACUCUAACUCCGGUUAUGAUGCCAUGCCUGCAAUAGGGUCGACAUUCGGAUCUCUGUCGUCUGAUAUGCUCAAUCAGUUUCAGUCAUCGAGUGGAGGCAACCGAGGAGGCAGCCGAGGAAGCCACCGAGGAAGCAACCGAGGAGACAAUCGAGGAGGCAACCGAGAUUAUUAUGUUUAAGAUUAUAAUCCCCCACUUCAAAGGGGUGGUGCGACUCAGAUUAGGCUUCAUGUCCUAUCACGUGAUGAUCAAUUUGGGUGGGUCAUAUUUCUUGGAAAACCAAGAAACAAUAGAUUGUCUCGUAUUCCUCUGCCUAAUAUUCCUCUGCAUGUGAACUGAAAUGGUUGCAAACUUUACUUCUUAGUUUGAGUAUUUAUCACCUUGUGCUCUUAUUCUAUUUUGCGACAGUCAAUUUGUCAUUCACAUUGCUCACAAUCUAGUGUUUCAUUAGCGGGCCAAACAUAUUGAAGACACUUGUCAUUUUGUAUUUUUGUACGAGAUGUUAUCAAAGAUGUUAUCACAUCAUUUCCA